AAUGAAACUGUUAUCGAAGAAACAGUGAACUUGGCAGAAUCUACACAAAACAUUCAACAAAAAGUUCAAGAAAAAGUGCCAGAAGUGGAAGCAGUUUCUUUAGGAGAAACUACACAAAAAGACCCUCAACAACCCGAUUCGGAAAUCGAAGUUGAGAAGGAACUGGAAGUUGAAUGCCCUCAAGUAACGGCUGAGGAAUUGCAUUCAGUUGAGUUGCUUUUGAGCCUGGGACACAGCCUAGAAGAAGAUAAAGAAAAAAAACCAACUAAGGGAGAAAAAACUCAAAGCCAAAGCAAGUUCCAAAACAAGUUAUACCAAAAGGGUUAAAUGAACUACUUUAUAAGACAAUAGAACAAGCCAAAAUUCGAGCUGAGAAAAGAUGUGCAGAGCUUGGAGACAAAAUUUGUUCCCCUUACUGCAACAGAGUGGUAAACAUGCACGAAGCACUAUUGACUCAAGAAUUGUGUGUGAUUCGGUAUACAUUUGCUACACUUGCAGGCAUGGAAGAAGAAUUUUACCGAUCAAAAACUGAGGUUGCCACAUUCAAAGCUAUAUUUGAAAGCUUCUACAGGGGUCAAUACGUAGCAUCGAACGGAAUAGAUGCAUUUGUGGAUGUUCUAAACCUUGAAGAGAAGAAGAGGGAUAGAAAAUCAUCACCAUACAGACUCUUCUUGUUUAGCACAAUGAUGCCGGAUAUCUUUUACGACGAGGAGAAAUACACAGACAACCAACGACUAAACAUAUUUGCCUCAAAUUUUGAAGACAUAUUACUGAGAUAUGAGGUAAAAAAACUUGAUUCAGUUGAACUGGUGUUUAUUCUGGUACUUCAAGGUGACCACUUCUAUGUCUUGUGCUUCAACUUGAAAUCUGGCAAAAUUGAGCUGAUUGACAAUUCAGCAGCUAAACAAGAGUUUAAGGAUAGAUACAAGGGGCUUCCAGACACACUGAGAAGGGUAUUGGUUUAUACCUAGAAAAGGUUUUAAAACCAACACCGGCUAUAAAAGAGCUUGCAAACUCAGUUAUAGAAUGAAAAGAAAUGGAUUGGAGGACGAAGAAUAACAGCGUAGACCGUGGAGUGUUUACGAUGCGUCACAUGGAAACAUACAAAGGAGACCAAAAACCAUGGGUGACUGGAUUUGUGAAAGAAGAUAUCUCAGUAAUAUCAUUCUAUCCGAACACAACAUGCAUCGUCAAGUAAUAAUUAAAAAGGCAAAUGCUUUUGAUAAAAGGCCAGACAAAGAGAGGUAUAUGAAAGAUUUGGAUAAGAUAAUCCCAGAAAGGAUGAGUAGAUAUUUUGGAAAGCCAAAGUAAACUUGUUUGAUGUUGGAUUUAUGUUAAAUAUUUGGACUUGUUAGUGUUUUUAA